AUGGCUAUGUUGGAACUUGUACUUGGUGCGACACUUGCUCAAUCUUCAUCUCUUUUGGAUCCAGUUGAUGCUACCUUUAGUGUUGGAGUUCAUGCGAGUUCGAAUGAUAACAUCAAUCUUGAAGAUUUUUUAGAUAAAAUAUCACAUGUAGCAUAUGUACAUCUGGAUUUGCAUGCACAUAAUGGUAUUAAUAUCUCAUCUGCGGGACCUACUGAUCUACUUGAUGAUGAUGGGAAUGUCAGAGUUGUGUUAGAUGAUGAUGGUGUUCCACCUAUCACUGAUCCACAUUUUGCUCAUUCUAGUCCAAAAGCUAAUCAAACACCUAACUCUUUUGCCAAUCUUUUCAAAGAAGCGGCAAACAUACAUAGGACUGGUAAGCUUCGUUUCAUUCCUCCUAUUUUUACUGAGAUUGGUACUAGACAUGCUCUGAUUCCUGAUGAUCUCAUUGCGAAACAAAGUGAGCAAUGGUUGAUGACUUUGGUUGGUAGUUUUGUUGGUAAAAGGUCUGUUUUCCCUUUUGUUCGUUUUCAUGCAUUUAGAUUGUGGAAAAAGUAUGGACUUGUUGAUGUUGUCUUGAAUAACCAGGGUAGAUUCUAUUUUAAGUUUGAUAAUGCUGAGGGUAUGGACUUUGUGAUUAAGAAUAGGCCUUGGUUGUUUAAUGAUAUUCCUGUUUUGUUGAAGAAAUGGGAAGUCGGGAUUGAGAAUGAUAAGAUUAGACCUACUUAUGUUCACAUGUGGGUUAAUAUAUAUGAUUUGGAUGCUACUAUGUGGGAUUAUGAUAUUCUUAGCCACAUCACUAGUGUUAUUAGUUGCCCCGUUGCUUUAGACAGAUUUACUGAGGAAAUGAUUGAGAAAAAGUCAGGCAGGGCUCUUUUUGCUAGGGUGUUGAUUGAAGUUAGUGCAGAUCAUGAUAUUCCAGCUUUUGUUGAGGCACUGGUGUUGGGUAAAAUGCAGAAAUUUUUGGAAGCCGGAUAA